AUGUCGGUCAAUCCCAUGGCCUACGAAGCGCAGUUCUUUGGCUUCACUCCCCAGACGUGCAUGCUGCGCGUCUACAUCGCCUUUCAGGACUACCUCUUCGAAAUGAUGCUGGUGGUGGAGAGCGUGAUUCUGAAGAAGCUGGACGAGUCUCCCGGUUGUAAAAUCAGCCACCUCCAAAUCCGCAAAAGCACAGAGAAAUUUCUUUGCUUCAUGAAGGAGCACUUCGAUAAACUCUUCAGUAAAAUGGAAGAAGUGCUGCUGCAGCUGGUACUGAGCAUCCCCCAGAACGUGCUGCUCCCCGAGGAUAAGGCCCAGGAGCAGUACCCCUACAGCAAGGAACAAUUCCAGGUACUCCAGGAGGAGAUCCGGCAGCUGAAGCAGCAGUGCAGGGCUGAGGCAGCUGCUGGGCAGGCUCUGCGAGCAGAGCUGGAAGAACAGAAGGCUGUUCAGGCCGAGCUGGAGAAGAUUUUGCAGUGGUUUGAUGGGCUUGAGAAUAUCUGCAGGGAGAAUGGGACUGGCAACUUCAAUGAAAGUUUUGCAUUCUUGAUGCAGAACUGCAAGAAACUGCAAGAUGUGCUGAAAGACGUCGAAGAGAAAAGCAAUAAAAUAAAGAAGCAUGAUCAGUUACUGUAA